AACUUUGACUGUAGCUAAUUUUAAAAGACUUGUUUGUUUGUUUGUAAUUCAUAAACUUUUUAAAUACAGAAUUUAUUGCACAUUUAAUUGAGUUUCGUAUAAAAAUUUGCAUUUACGAUGGUCUUUCUGUCAUUGUGUAACUUUGUAACUAGGACGGGAUAUGAUAAAAUGCUAAAACAUCAAAAAAUAUUCAAACUUACUGCGAAAUAUUUUGGUCGCAGGAGAAAUUGCUACAGUAUUGCUAUGAAAUUUGUAUCGAAAGCAUUAAGGUAUACAACUGUAUCAAGGAAAAUAAAACCUCAAUAUUUGUAUCAACUGCGGCAAACACGAAUUGAUGCAGCAUGUGCAGAACACAAUAUAGAUUACUUCACUUUGAAAAGUAAUCUUGUGAAGUGUAACAUUAUGCUGGAUGGAAAUGUUUUGAAGGACAUUGCCAUAUGGGAGCCACGGACAUUCAAGUGCUUAACAGAUAUUGCCCAGACGAAACAUAAGUUAGAAGCACCAAAAGAAGUCAGUGAAAGAUUAAAAUCACCUGAUGGAACAGUCAUAACUAGAGGAAUGUUAUAAAAAAGAAAAAAAAUUAAAUGUAACCUAUGUCUAAUAUACAUUGUAUGUAGUAAAAAUAUAUAUAAAAUA